AAAAAGACUAAAAGCAGAAGAACACCCCGCUCACUCGUAGAAACGAAGAAAGAAGAAGAGGAGGGCUGAGCUAAGCAAAGCGCCGUAAAGUUCGCGAUCCGACUUUAUUUUCCGGUCCCUUGUGCUUUUCGCGGCGAGCUCCAAACCCUAAACCAUGCUUCCGCUUUCUCUGCUCAAGACUGCCCAAGGGCACCCCAUGUUGGUGGAGCUCAAGAAUGGGGAGACUUACAAUGGGCAUUUGGUGAACUGUGAUACUUGGAUGAACAUCCAUCUUCGAGAAGUCAUCUGCACUUCCAAAGAUGGAGACAGGUUUUGGAGGAUGCCUGAGUGCUACAUCCGUGGGAAUACUAUUAAGUAUCUGCGAGUGCCUGAUGAGGUGAUUGACAAGGUUCAGGAAGAAACCAAGAGAACAGAUAGGAAACCUCCUGGAGUAGGGCGUGGAAGAGGAAGAGGAGGUAGGGAGGAUGCUCCUGGUGGACGACAGCCAAAAGGCAUUGGACGUGGCCUUGAUGAUGGUGCUAAGGGUGCUGGUGGAGGUCGAGGCAGAGGUGGACCAGGUGGAAAGGCUGGUGGAAGAGGUGGAGGCCGAGGCCGAGCUUGAUUCAUCUGAGCUUGAUUCGCUUAUAUUGUGGAACAACGUAGAUGGGCAAGUUUGCUACUUUUAAUGGCAUUUGUGGCCCGAUGCUUUUGUGGAAUCUUGGGGUUUUAUAGUUAUGACAGUAUUUCUUAUGUAUGGUAAUGUGAUGUAGUUGGAAUGGGUCUUUUCACCUUUGUUGGCCUGGUGUUUGUCUUAAGGAAAUCGUAUUACUCUAUUGGAUUUGAAAGUUUAUGCCAACAUUAUAUCCAUAUUUCCGCAGUUUUUGGUUUGGUGUCACAAUCUCCCUUGGUGAGCAUAUAUUGCUUGAGAUACCUGUGUUCCAGUUUUGUUUUUUUUUCUU